CUUCAUUUUCAUCCCAUUGAUCCAUUGACUAGAAACAAGAGAAAGACCAAUUGACCACUCUUCAACAUGCUCGCGUGGUACCAGAGAUGUCUUAUCCAGCGUCCUCUCUUGACGCAGAGCCUCACCACAGCGACCCUCUUCGCAGUAGGUGACGGCCUCGCCCAACAAGCCGUCGAAAAGAAGGGCCUGCCCAAUCAUGAUGUAACCCGAACUGGCCGAAUGGCUUUAUACGGUGGUGCUGUUUUCGGCCCGGUCGCCACAAAAUGGUUCCAAUUCCUACAGAACCGCGUCCAGCUAUCAACACCAACCAAGACUCUUGCGGCGCGCGUUGGUGCUGACCAGCUCGUCUGCGCUCCUACUAUGAUUGGUGUCUUCCUCACCAGUAUGUCUGUCAUGGAAGGUGUCAACCCCCAGGAAAAGCUCAGUAGGACGUACUGGGAUGCGCUGCGCGCCAAUUGGAUGCUCUGGCCGGCGGUUCAGACGCUGAACCUUGCUUUGGUGCCGUUGCAGUAUCGUGUUUUGACGGUCAAUGUGGUUAACAUUGGAUGGAAUUGCUUCCUGAGCUUGGUCAAUAGCGUCCCUCAUGGGGAUGAGGUUGCACCGGGAGUUUGACAUGUUGACUCUUUAGAUUCCCUGUAUCAAUUAUGUUUGGGUUGGUUGUUUGCUACGGUAUUGAUUAUGUCGGAUAGAUGGGAAAUUUCAUUGGCUUAGAAUAGAUUUCAGUUUCUGCUAUCCCCUUGUCCGAAAUUAUAAUUGCCGGAUAC